GUGCUAGACGAUCGCUAUCGCUAUGUCGUUCUUUGGGAAGCAGUAUAAGAAAGUUAGGGCUGAAAAUGCAUUGGAGGUCAUCGGAAAGCUAAAUCUUUCUGAAAAAACCGUGGCUCUCAUUACCAAUCCUGAUACCAUUUCCACCUUCUCCAAAAACGAUGACGGUACCCUCCAGUACGUGGUCAAGAGUGGCUCUGGCGCCCUCGUUCUUGACCAGAAGAUCGUCCUUGCAGAACACAGAGAUUUUACAAGCCCUGAUGGCAUGGAUACGAAUGUGAAGUUUUCGCUAGAUGGAGAUGUACUAAAAUCGCAUUUCCAUUUGCCCGAUGGUAAUGUCGUGCAUAUGAACAGAUAUUUUGAGGGUAACGGCAUGAGAAUGGAAAUAUACACUAAAGGUUCCGCAGAAAAAGCUACAGUUUAUUACGAGGUUGUUUAGUUAAAUUAUCAUUUUAUUUAUUUAAUAAAGUUAAGUUUCGAAUAAAUUAUA